AGGCGGAGGCCGCGCUCUCUGUGCCGGCCCGGCCUGUGGUGGUAGCGGCGGGGCCCGGGACUCCUCAGACAUUGCGACCAUGGAGAUCGGCACCGAGAUCAGCCGCAAGAUCCGGGGCGCUAUAAAGGGAAAAUUGCAGGAGCUGGGGGCUUAUGUUGAUGAAGAGCUCCCUGAUUAUAUUAUGGUCAUGGUGGCCAACAAGAAGAGUCAGGAGCAGAUGACAGAGGACCUUUCCCUUUUCCUAGGAAACAACACUGUCCGGUUUACUGUAUGGCUACACGGUGUGUUAGAUAAACUUCGGUCUGUAACUACUGAACCUACUAGCCUAAAGUCUUCAGACUCUAACAUCUUUGAGAGCAACUUGCCUUCCAGCAAAAGCAGUUCAUGUGGGAGUGAUGAAAGACGGUGUGAGGAAAUGCUACCACCUCUUGCAGUCUCCAGCACUCGGGCUGAAAGAAACGAUUCCAGAGUUUCAACCAGCUCACAAGAGCAGAGAGCUGCUGCUGCCCGGCAGUCUUAUGAAGAUGGAUCUGCAUCCCGCUUAAUGUCAACAGUCAGGCCUCUAAGAGAGUUGUCGCCUUCUGAAGCUGUGAUUGACAUUAAACCUGAACCAGAUGAUCUCAUUGAUGAAGACCUAAAUUUUGUGCAGGAGAAUCCAUUGUUGUCUCGGAAGAAAGCUGUUGUAACUGUAACUUAUGGAUCUUCCCGUCCUACUGCUGAAAUCUACAGACCACCAGCUAGCAGAAGCACGGACGGCCAUAUACACUUACAAAGAUUGCCGCAGCAAGGCAGUCUACAGGGUGGUAGGCAGUUGGACAUGGAAAGCUGCAGGUCUUUGGAAACAAUCCCGCUAUGUGAUCCAGAAGCAUUUGGCAGCUUAGCAGAGAGUUACAGGCCCACCUCCAAACUGAGUGCUGAUAAAAUAAGCAGUGAGGAAGAAAGCUCCAGGAAGAGAAAAUUGCCAGUUAUAAGCUCAGUGGUCAAAGUGAAAAAGUUCAGUAAUGAUGGGGAGGAGGAGGAGGAGGAGGAGGAAGACUAUGGGUUACGAAUAGGAAGUAUCUCCAGCAGCGUGUCUGUACCAGCAAAGCCUGAAAGAAGACCUUCACUACCACCCUCCAAACAGGCCAAUAAGAAUUUAAUACUGAAAGCUAUAUCUGAAGCUCAGGAAUCAGUUACAAAGACAACCAACUAUUCCACAGUUCCACAGAAGCAGACAGUUCCAGUUGCACCCAGAACAAGAAUUGCCCAAGAUGAAACUCUAUUAGAAGUGAUCCAUGUACAGAGCCGACCUUCCAGAGUGAGCGCCCAGGUUGAGGCAGAAGAACCCGAGGAACAGACAUUAGAAAGAAUUCAAGGAACUCAACAAACGCAGCUCUUUUCCCGACUCCAGACUGAACCGUUAAUUGAAGAAACUUUGCAAAUGACUCAAGAUUAUUAUGACGUGGAGUCUGUGGUCCACACUGAUACUAGAUCAUUUAUUCUGAAAAAACCAAAGCUAUCUGAGGAAAUAGUAGUGCUACAGAACCAGGAAUUGGGAAAGAAGGCUGCAGAGGCAAUGCGGGCACUUUCAGGACGUCUUAUACAGACAAGAGAGCAGCUUGCACAACCAGAAAAGCCUGCUAGUCCCAAAUUCAUUGUGACACUGGAUGGUGUGCCCAGCCCACCAGGGUACAUCUCUGAUCAAGAAGAGGAGGAGAGCUGUAUAACUGAAGGAGUAAAGCCAGUUACCCAAAAUGCAGCUGCAAACAAGGGAUUAAAAAGCUUUCAAGCACAGCAGAUGCAGGUUAUAAGCAGGCAGCUGGAGAGCCCUUAUGUGGAGAUGGAGGAAUUGACUGUGCUGCAGAAACAAGAGAAAGUGCUUGAGCGUUGCAAGUACUGGCCUGCCUGUAAAAAUGGAGAUGAAUGUGCAUACCACCAUCCCACAUUACCAUGCAAAGUCUUUCCCAGUUGCAAAUUUGCUGAUAAGUGCCUGUUUAUCCACCCCAACUGUAAAUACGAUGCAAAGUGUACUAAGUCAGACUGCCCUUACACUCACGCCAGCCGACGAAUCCCAUUGCCGCCUCCCAAACCAGCACCACUACAAGCACCACCAGCAACCUCCAACAGUCAGCUCUGCAGAUUUUUCCCUGCUUGUAAGAAAAUGGAAUGUCCAUUUUAUCAUCCAAAACACUGUAGAUUUAACACCCAGUGUACAAGACCAGACUGCCCAUUCUACCAUCCCACUAUUGCUGUACCUCCACGUCAUGCCUUGAAAUGGACUCGAACUCAAACCAGGAACAGUACAUAGGCCCCUGAUAAUCUGACAGUAGAAGAUAAAGGCAUGGUACAUUCAGGAAGAAGGCCACAGAAUGAUUCACUCACUAGCCAAAACAAAGCUAGCAACAAGACAUUUGUCUAUUGUAUACACUCUAACCAAAAACCACUUGCUUUUGACAAAAAUUAAGGCUUGCUGCAUCUACUAUGCUGAUAAAUCAAACAGGAAAACAUGUCACUUUUCCGCUGUAAGAAGAGUAUAUAUUAAAACCAAAUAGCUCAUCCUUCCAUACUGUUAGGGCUUGCUAUCCACUUACAGCAUGUAAAUAGUUAUUUGGAUGCCGUGUGCUGUUUUUCAGGUGGUGCAGGUAUCAGCCAACAUUAACCAGAUUUCUGUAAUUAGGGUAACUCUAGCAACUUCUGAUUAUGCUCAUUGUUAAGAUUUUUGUUCUAGCUAAAUACUGACUUUAUUGGUGCAUAUGUUCAGUUACUCAAAAGGCGUGCUAAACUAAGUUGCUCUUCCCCCAACCCCUUCCUAGAUCCAAAUAAUGGUGUCGAGUGAUUAUGUGUUCAAGAAAAAUUGAGCCAUUUAAGGUUAAAAUGAUUCAAUACAUUUGGCUCAUUUGUUCUCCCCUCUACCCUAACCUUUUCCACAUCUUGGCUCUUUUGACUACAAUAGGGUCAUGUUUAAGUCUGAGAUGAUUUUUUUAGAAUUCCAGUCUGUGCAUAGGAUGUCAAUUCUCUUUGUUAAUUUAAAUACUUUUCAGUAACAGAUGGAUUCAUGGGUAUCUAGACUAGCACAUGUUAUUCUUUCACUUGUAUAAUGGGUUUAAUAGUUUUUUACCUGUUCUUUUUGCGGAAACAGACUAACACGGCUGCUUCUCUGAAACCUAGUUUUUUAAUAUAAAAAGAAAUUAUCUUGUGGACCUUAAAGGUAUCCUAGAGCUGUAUUCAUUGCAAACUAGAAAGUGAACCUGUAUGACUGAGGGGCAGGAUAAAAAAAAAAAAAAAAAGAGUGUUGGGGGCUCAGUACCCUCUUUUAGUGCUGCAUAGCUAAGGGAAAGGCACCUUUCCCAAUGCCGUUAUAGCCUCCAGCCCCCAUACUUAUCCUGCAUACUUCCAGAACAACUCUACCACUCAGCCCUUCACAUUCUUCCUUCCUUCCAGGUUUUAGAAGGCCAUAGCACACAAGGCAUUUUUCUGUACCAAUGGUCAAUUAUAACGUCCCAUAGGCUGUUGGCCCUUGUAUUCACUGCAGAAGAGUUUCACUUAACAUGGCACCUAACUGAUUGAAAUUACACCACUAACAUUAGUGAGUGUAAACCCUAAUUGAGGCACAAUUGACUUGUGUGUCAGUGUAAACACAUCCCACUAACACGACUGGUGAGCUGUCAGUUCCCACUGCUGUCAAAGACAAAAACUCUCUUCAGCAAUGAACCUCCUUAGUUUGCUUGUGGAACAAGAACUCUGCCCCCACAGAUCUGCAGCUAAGAUACUAUUCUCCCCAGCUCCAAAUGGGGGCAGAAAUGGGGGAACAGAUGCCUCAGGAGUUUAGGGGUAAAAGGAGUGUAGAUAGCCGCUGUUCACCUCCUGCUACAGCCCCCGUGGUGAUUUGUGGUGCAUUGUGUGCUGGUAUUUGUGCUCUGAUGUACCUCUGUGGUUCCUCAGUGAAAAAGUAUCAGCUGGCAAAUUAGCAGUGGAGUGGCACAGCCAUAGCAUGGGCACUACUGAAGAUGGUGGUCGGGGAAUGGUUAGUGUGAGAAGAGGAUACUCUGGGAAAGUAGGGGGUGGGUGCAAGUCACAGGCUGAAGAUUUUACUGGGGGAUAGUGGGCAUAGGAUUUGUGGUAGAUGGGGAGAUGCAGAAAGAUGACUUUCAGCUGGCAAUUUAAAGAGGUUCAUUAGCUAAAGGAGCUUUUGAUAGUCAUCCCAUCUGAACUGGUGUAAGGCAGCCUUAGCAUGGAUACAAGGGCAAAUCUUACACUAUGUUCAGAUGUGUAGUGUAGCUGCACUGAAUCAGUGGUGGAACACAGGGUGCAAAACAACAAAUUACUACACUAACAAUUGAUUUUUCUAGCAUAGAUAAAUGCUAACUAUUAAUUUUUAAAUAAUAAUAAUGGGCAGUAAGAGUAAAGCUGCAGCAUGAUUCUGAUCUCACAUCUGUCAGUCAGGUGCAAUUCACCUGAGUCAAUGGUGUACCCUAGCACAGACCCUAGUCCUAGCACCGUAUACUUUAGAACAGCAGCUGUGUGGUUAGUGAAACUAUUGUACCCUAGUGGUAAUGGCAACAAAUCAUCUGUUCCAAAUCUUGCCUGGCUGAGACACUUGAUAUUAGAUCAAUACAUUUUUCUAUUGCGAAAGAUGCUCUAGUUAGAUAUAGGAAACACAUUGUAUAAGAUUAUUUGUUGGGUCAAUAGUGUUGAAUAUUACUAGAGCCCUAUCAAAUUCAUGGUCCAUUCUGGAUAGUUUCACAGCCAGAGGGUUUUAAAAUUGGUCAGUUUCAUGAUUUCAGAUGUUUACAUCUGAAAUUUCAGAAUGUUUUAACUGUGAGGGUUCACAUCCAAAAUGGAAUGGG